GAUGAUGUGCAGGUCACAACGGUAGGGUAGCAACCAUAGCCACAUCAUUUCUUCACCUUCCUCAUCAUCGUUCACACACACACACGCUCACCGGAGCUACUCACCGGCAACCAAUGGGCAUGACUCUACCUAACAUUGGUCCGUUAUCCACUCCUACCGCCGCCGUGGCACCGCCGUCAACAAACUCGUCGUCCUCAUCGGCCGAUGACGCUUCGAAGAAGAUCAGGAAACCCUACACCAUUACUAAGUCCAGAGAGAGCUGGACCGAGCCGGAGCACGAUAAGUUUCUCGAAGCUCUUCAACUCUUUGAUCGUGAUUGGAAGAAAAUUGAAGCUUUCAUAGGUUCAAAGACUGUCAUCCAGAUUCGUAGUCAUGCACAGAAGUACUUUCUGAAAGUUCAAAAAAGUGGUACUAACGAACAUCUGCCUCCUCCUCGUCCAAAACGGAAAGCUGCACACCCAUAUCCACAAAAGGCUGCGAAAAGUGCUCCAGUGCUCUCAAAUGUUGCUGCAACAUUACAAACUACACCUGCUCUUACUGACCCUGAAUUGUUACGGGCCGAUCCCUCUAAAGUGGUGAAGAACUCUGUGGAAACUGGUGGUUUGUCCCAUAUAGCGAAAGAUGGCGUUGCAUCUGGAGGUCAAUCGGCGGAUGUUAACCGUUGCAGCAGUGAUGAGACUGUUCCCAAAUCACGACCAAAAGUUGAAAUACAUGGUCAUGGACUUCCAUCAAGAGUUCUGCCUGACUUUGCUCAAGUGUAUGGGUUCAUUGGAAGUGUGUUUGAUCCAAAUACUAUUGGUCACGUGCAAAGACUCAAAAAGAUGGACCCCAUUGAUGUUGAAACGGUGUUAUUGCUAAUGAGAAACCUCUCUAUCAACUUGACCAGUCCUGAUUUUGAGGACCAUAGGCAAUUGCUGUCAACAUAUGAAAUUGAUUUGGAGAAAGAAAAUUCAGACGAUGCAGUGGACGCCUUUCUCGACUGUCAACCUGAACAAGUUGGUCAUUUUGGGACUUAAAUAAAGCACAAGACCCUGCGACUAUGCAGUUUAACAUAUGUUAUGUUGUAUCACAAGGGAGCAGCUCUGGAUCUGCUAUGGUUUGUUGUGCAGCUUGCCUGUUUGAGCUCCAACUAUGUGUAGAUAUGCAACGGUUUUGGGGUGGUUGUGCUGAUGAAAUUUAUAUAUAUGUUGCGGAAAUUUGUAAAAAUGUAAAGCUUGAUCUAUGAUUAUUCAAGUUUUGACAUUUUUCUUAUAAUUAAGUAUCUCAAACUUUGGGUAUGUUUUUUAUAUAUUUUUGCCUAGAAAAGGGAUUUGGUUGGUGUGUUCA